AUAAAGGAUUGUUUCCUGUCAGUUUAAAUCUGCAUUAUCUAUGUAGAUAAAUCUUAAAUACAAAUUUGACAAUUUAUUAUUUAUUGCACGAUUGUGAUUUCCAAACGAUUGAGGUAAAAUAGUGAUUUUUUCAAUGAACAGCUGACAACUAUUUUUUCUUUUUUUUCUGUCACAACCGAUUUUAAAAGCGCUCACGCAUCCCCGACAACAUUAAUUACGAAUAUAAAUAUAAUUAUCAUCAAGAUCGACAUCGAUAACAAGAUAAAGAAUCAAUUUUGUCAUAAAUGCUGACGGUUUACUUCCGGUUCUCGCAAUGUGUCACGGGGAUGGGAAGAUGCGCUGGCAAAUCGGCGGCAACGUAGAGCCUGUAAAAACGAUUUGCGAAUUGAACUGGCACGAAUGCCCAGGGGCCAUCUUCAAUUACAUCUGGUCAGAAAUCGUAACUGACGUCGUCGAAUGCUUGUCGAGCGAGACGAUGCUCUGGAGGAUUCUGGCAACGUUCGUCGUGUGCACUCUAGUGGCGCAUACAGUGUACUACAAAAUAAGAUGGAUGGACGAGACAGCAUUAAACCGCGAGAAUUUAAACAGAGUGGGCUUCAAGGUUCAAGAUCUUGAGUUAAAGGUGAAUAUUCUAACCUAUAAAAUGCAAUACGGCGCAUGGCCGCUGCCACGUGACUUUAAUGGCACAGAAUUCGAAGAGAAUGAACUGCACAAGCUAAAACUUACAUUGUCCAAUUCGAAGCAACGAAAUGGCUGGAUAAAACAUCUUCUGCUAAGGUAUCGAUUAUACAGAAAAAUAAGCGUUCCCCGUAUUUCACGUAACCGUCAGUUAUCAACGUACUUUAAUUUCAGUCCUAAGCAAAAUGGGCGAAGCUUUAUGCCUCAUUCAAAUAGUGGUUCGAAGUCGGUGGAGUGUUUGACCAGAAUAAUCGACCUAGAAGCGAAAUACGUGCCAUCACAGUUUUAUCAAGACACGUCACCCGGAGGAUCAAAUAUGGCGAGAACGUCCUCAAGUGCGAUAUUAAGUGAAAAAUUAACGAGGCAUACCAAAGUGAGUAAUGUUGAAUCGAAAAAUAAAUUUCUGAGCCAUCGCGAUGCCUCGAAGAAUGAGAAUGUCAUAGUAAGGAAUCGAGAAAUUGAGAAGACAAAAUUAACAACUAAAAAAUGGCCGAGAAGUGACGGUGACGUAAAUAAUGAAGCAUACGCUAGUAAUCUUCAAACAGUCUCGCAUGGGAAAUCAAAAAAACCGUUCGAAAAGCUCAUCCGAGUUGCCGAUGAAUGCCAGAAGUUUAUGAAAGACGUAAAGACCGGUAACAAAAGUUUUCGACUUAUUGACAGUUUAUCAAGCGAGUCGAAAAACCAAAAUCGUCCGAUUAGUCAAACCGGAAAAAUUAUUGAAAAAGAAGCUGCUGGUGAUCGUCAUAAAAUAACGAAUGAAGGAGAACGAGAAGGCGGUACUCAGAUAGAAGAAGAUAAACUUCAUGAAAAAUCUUUUGAAGAUUAUUCGAAUGCUUCGAACUUCGUCGCACUGUUAAAUAGUCAUGAAGAAAUAAAAACGUCUUUUCCGUCUGUCUCAAAAUCUGACGUUGGACACGAUCUAAAAAAUACAGUAGACACGAACAAAUCCAAGCUGCUUCCUCCCAGCUUGAGUAUCACUCUUAAAAUGACGUCUAACCCUAAACAGUUGUCGGAGACAAAGACUGAAACAGCUCUUGAGAUCGAUGAAGGUCUAAAGAACAAAAUCGUUCAUAGUAAAUGUGAACCUACGAACACCAAUGCUAUUCUACAUGGUGUAAAAGACAAACUUGAAAAUCUCCAUAAAGUCCUGAGGUCGUACGAUGCGCAAGAUGAUUCUAAAGCGGGACACCAAAGUAAGGUCAAAACUUUGCAACUAAUAUCCAGAGUGAACGAUGUGAUGGAAUCGAAAGUAGCUGUGGAUUUACUUAACUCCGAGAAAAAUGAAAAUAUGAAUAAGACUUCUAGUGAAAAUACUAACAAAUUUAGUGUAAAAGACGAGACGAGUAGUAGCAAUGAAAAGUACGAUACUAAUGAAACAACUCGUAGUUCUGACAGUUCGGUUCAUAAUGAGCGUCGCCUGAAUAUAUUCAAUAUGGAUGUAACGAGUGCUGAUGAAAAUAGUCAAAAACUGGAAAAAAAUAUCUCGAACGAAGGUUGGACGUAUGAAAAGGCUAAAACUACAAAAAUGAAGAAUAACUGUGAUGAUGAGAAAAAUAAUGAGAAUAAAAUCAUUGGAAGUGAUAGAACGAUAAAUGAAUCCGAAAUGAAAAUUCGAAAUUUUUAUUGUUUAACACGUAUCUCAAAUAAUGCCAGUAGCGCAAGCAGUCGGGAAAGCAUCAGUGGUUCAGCUAGAAAUGAUAUUUUAGUAUCGGAAAAAUUUUCCGGUAAUAGGAGCGAAUACGAAAAUCAAGUGGACUGGAGUUCAAAUGUCGAAGAAGAGAUUAAUCCAAAACGUAAUACGACAUUGGAAGAUAAAGAUGAAAUAUAUUCCAUAAAAAUGGAAACGGAGGAAGACACGACUAUGAUUUCACAGACGUCGAGUCAAACCGAAAUUUCAAACAGUAGUGACCUUGAACUUGAAAGCAAGACCACAGUCCAGCUACUUCAAGAGGCAUUGGUAUUUAAAAAGGUCCUACUUUCCCAAAUGGAAAUGGAGAAAAGUACUGAAAAUUUGAAAGAUGAAAAACAAAUGAAUAACGAAGAAAAUAAUAACGCAAGUCCCACUGACGAGUUAUCGUGGAACAAAAACGAAAAUUAUUUCCAGUUGAAAUUGCUGGACAUCAUUUCGGAAGAACAAUCGGCUAGUAGCUCGACAGAAAAAACUGCGAAAAAUAGUAAUAAAAAUUGCAUAAAAAAUCGGCUUCAAAAUGAUUCGAAAAUUUUGACAACCUACCCAAGCAAUGACAAUCGUUGCGAAAAAUCGAAAGAUGUAUUGGCCACGGGUUCCUGCGAAUACUUUAGCUUGACUGAUAUGCAGAAUAGUAGCAAAAAUUUAGAAAAGUCUAUACAGAACGAGGACAGUGUGUUCAGUUCCAAAAUUGGGAUAAAGUCAAAAGUGGAGAUAAAAAAAAUUAACGAUACAGAGAAAACAGAUGGUUCUCUAAAGAAAACUACAUAUACCAUAAAUACUCUACCGGUUAAAAAUUUAAACAACAUAAAAAAGGACUCUCAAGACAACAAUGACGCUAUUUUGAAUAAAAACAAAGUAACCGACAGAGCAUACAGAACCGAAGAGAAAAAUUUACUUAUAAACAACGUAAACCAAUUGUAUGUGCAAAAUAAGCAACAUGCCCAAAACCAUAAUAAAGUGUCGUUGCAAAGUCGAAACAAAGCGAUCGAAGCGACACAAGAAGCAAUGCGGCAGCGGGAAGAAGAUGAAAAUUUGAAUAUGGUCCAAGCACCAUUUGACUGUAAAUCCUGGAAUCCUACUAGAGAAUCUUCAAGUCACGAAGGUGUGAAAGAAUUUAUAAGCCCACUGCCAGACACUAAAACCAAAAGCUUAAACAAUACAGGUGGCACCAAGAAUUUGAAAUGCCCAAGAAGCAGCGGUCACAAUUUCAGCCGAAAUUCAAAUAUCUUGUCCCUGCAGAGGCGACCUGGGAUUUACUCACUUCCGGAUUCCAAAACGUUAAAAAUUGAAGAAAACCUUGCAUCGUUUGACAAUAAUGAAAGAUCGAUAGACGCAUGCACCUUGCAACAAUGCAUUUCUACCAAAGAAAAUAAUUUGGAUACCAAAUGUAAUAUCCAAUCGUAUUCGUUAAAUGAAGCCUUGGAUGAAGAUGCAAUGAAUAUAGUUACGUUAGACAAACGGAAUAAAAAUGAUGAAAAUAGUUUAGUCACGAAUGAGGCGCAAGAAAAUAACAGUCCAUUAACAGGUCGAACUGUUGUCCUACCUAUGAAUAAUAUGUUUAUCGAUGAUAGCGAAGAGACCGUGGAAAGAAUUAUAGAAAUUAUGCCACAGAUGGAUGUGACGCAGGAUUUGAUUUCGCUGGAAAAUACGGCACCAGACUUACACAGCGUUAAAGACGAGAUGGGCACAGCUAUGAGCGAGGGAAAAAGGUAUAACGAUUGUUCGGGCCUGGAAUUAUCAAUAAAUGAAGACUGCAGUAAACGCGAUGAAGAACGAUUUGAUAACGCAGUUCCCACUGUAAAUCAAGAACAAAUAUUGCGAAAUUCAAUGUCCAAUAUAAAUUCACAACCAAGCAGCUUGUACUUUACGGACGAAGUUUCACUUUCUGAAAUCAAAUUAAACUCUGUGGGUUUCCCGAAUCUUGAUGUGGCAUCGGCUCGAAGUUUAAAAACUAAAAAAAAUGUUGAAAAGGAUAACACGCUAGAUAUAAAAAAUGAAACCACUGCACUAAAUAAAUCAAUGUGUAUCAUUAAUGAGCUUCAUGAUGCGGAAGUACUGCAUGACAAGCCUGUUGCAGAUGACGUAAACAACACAGAAUCUAUAAACUUAAAAAACAAUGAAAUAACACAAGAAUUAGAUACUGAAGUAUUGUUAAACACAAAUACUCUUACUGAGAAUAAGGAAGGCAACGAACACAAGAUUCACGAGUUGAACAUGAAAAUGACUACUGCCUUAACAAAUAAAUCAAACACGGAUGACGUGACAGAGACUACUGACGCCAGUAACAAAAAUGAAAAUGGACAUAUGUGCACAGCAGAGAAGAAUAGCGAUAAUGAAAAAUUGGUACUGGAGCCACUAAUCAGUAUUGCAAACUUAAACAGCGACACGUCAAAUUCCAUUAUCAGUACUAGUACUCAAGAUGUCGGAUCUAACAGCAUCAAUGUUACGCUUGACAGACCAAUACUAAGCAGGGCAAUUAAUAAAAGCGACAUAUCACCUGUAAACAAAUCAACACGUUGUUCGAGCGCAUCGCAACUCUCGCGGCUUCCUUGGAGCACAAGGACAACACCGUUGAGCAGUGCUAGUUCGUUGAAAUCGAAAAUAUUGGAAAAGCCAUUAUUAUCAAAACCGGAAGUUAUCCACAGUCGACAAAAGAUGAAGUGUAAGUCGAUGGAUUUAAAAAUCGCACGAAACGACAACCAACAGCUGUCUGCAAGGAGUCAUGUAAGUUUAAGAUUGGAUGGUCCGCCGGCUAAGCACUUGUCGAGUCAAAGUGGAAUCGAAAUUCCACAAAGAAGAUCAAGAUCUAGCGUUACCCCGCGUAAGAGUCAAAUAUCACCACGUGACGAUAACGUUGAUGAUUUUGAUAACAAAGGUAAUCAAACUAGUCGAUCAAGAGACUACACACCGCGAAUGGCUAAGAAAAAUGUUGAAGGGAACGUGACGACUCCGAAGUCGAAAUUGAAGACAACGACAAAGACAAUUUCGAAAUCUUGUAUACCGAUUUUAAAAAGUAGAUUAGAAACUGAAAAAAAAUUAGAGCCUGAGUUGAGGUCAAAGAGUCCGGCAAGAGGACCAAUGACGAUAACCAAUUCCCAAGUGGGUGAAGCACCCUGCUGUACACAGAUUGAAGUCAUGUCUGAUUUAUUGGAAGGUGACAUUUGCCAGUCACAAUGCUUGACAGAAAAAGAAAUAGAAGAUCAUAAUGAAUCGGGAGACAUUAUAAAUGUUCUAGAGUUACAAGACAUAUCCGAACAGUAUGCUCAUCUGAAACAAAUAAAUAUUCCUAAUGACAGUUAUGUAGGAGAUAGUGAUCGGUCAAUUAUUUAUAUGAACAUAGUAGCUGAUCAUGAUCAUGAUCAUACCGCUAUUGCAGUAGUAGAUCCAAAGAGAUUUAUAGAAUGCAUCGAGGAUAGUGAAUUGAAAGUCGAAAAUAUCGAUAAGGAUAAAAUUAAUGAAAAUUAUGAAUCUGAGAAACCGACAUCUAUUAACACUGACGAACAAGUUUCUCCUAUCUUAACAACAGCAUUAACCGUCAUUGAUGAUAAUUUAUUGAAUGACACACGUGAGAAAAUCUCAAGCAAAAUUGUGAUUACUGAUGAGACAAAGGACUCGUGCUGCAUUGAAGUUGAACACAAAGAAAUAGAAGUUUCUGUAAAACCGUCAGUAACGGAUAUAAGUACUUCAAUUUCUGAUUUACCCAAUAUUUCGCGAGAACCGAAAAAUUUAAUGGAGGCAUUCAAGAUUUUCGAAGUACCCAAAGAAUUGACUAAGGAGGAAUAUAUUAUUCUACUCGAGACACUAAAUCAAGAUCCGAAUUUGGUACAGUUCAGAAGAAUGCAGAAGCUCUGCAGCAAACUCGGUUUAGGUUUCCGAGAAUAACCGAAGAUUCCCGAAAUCAAGCGACGGAGGUUUGGUGUGUGGCUAAUUAAAGAAAUUUGUCAGUGCUCGAGGUUGUUAGAAUUUUUACAUCGCGGCAAUUUAUAACACUUUUUUGACUCCUGUAUCUUGUUACGCAACGUUAAUGUGCACGAUGUUAUUUUGAUAAUCAUUAAAUUGUCAUUUGACAAUUAUUAAUAACAGCGCAAAUAUUUAUUUCGCGAUUCUUCCCGAGAGCUAACCAAAUUUAAUUUAAUUAAUCUAUGAGAUCCGAAUUAU